GAGGUCCCACCCGGAGCCCCAUUUACAUUAUGCAAAAGCCCACCCUGGCCGGUUGGAGACGGGGGAGCCAAACCCCUUUGGAUUUAACCACCAGGCCACCUCUCAGGAAAUCCACCUGGGAUUUUUUUUUUCUUUUUGCAGAAAAGAAAAAAAAAAACCCUCCAGGAUUGGCAAAUCCGGUCCAUUUGUAUAUGUUGGGUUUGCAUACAUUUGUCUUCUGGCAGAUGGGAACAAUCCUGGACAACAAGGUUAAACCGUGAUGAUUAGCUCACACUUUGAAUGUCUGAAUACUGCGGUCGUCGCGAAGCCUGGUUUCAGGUUUACUACGCGAGGUUUACUAUGUUCUGUAACUUGUGUUGACACAAGCCAGCAGUAAGCUCAGUUACUCCUGUGAAUGAAGUAGGAGGAUGGUUUGAGCUCUGAUGUUCAAAGACAGCCUGGGUGACAGAGCAAGAGAACACUUACAAACAAACAAACAAACAAACCAGCUCCCUGACAGUAAGCCUGACCUUCAGUGCCCCAGCCCUCCCUAUCCUCCAUGAAAACCAGCAGGGCUCACUUCCUGAGACCGGUGAGCCUGAACAAGGACAAAAACCACAACUAUCCAGGGGAGGGGGUCUCAGGGAUCCACCUGGUUUCCAUCCAUGUCCUGGCCCUGCCCAGUUCCUGAGAGAGACCACAGUCCGGAAGACCCACAGCCUUUCCACAACUGGGCUCCAGUCCCUCCCCUUUCAAGGGCAUGAAGUUACAAAAACGCGCCUGGGCAGCUGUCCUUCACGGCACUUAAGCAGCCCUCGUCAGAGCUGUGCUCAGCCAUGCUGGGCAGAGGGACGACGGCUGGCCAGCAUGCUCUUCUGGGCUGCUCACCUGCUGCUCAGCCUGCAGUUGGUCUACUGCUGGGCUUUCAGCUGCCAAAGGACAGAGUCCUCUCCAGGCUUCAGCCUUCCUGGGGACUUCCUCCUUGCAGGUCUGUUCUCCCUCCAUGGUGACUGUCUGCAGGUGAGACACAGACCUCUGGUGACAAGUUGUGACAGGCCCGACAGCUUCAACGGCCAUGGCUACCACCUCUUCCAAGCCAUGCGGUUCACUGUUGAGGAGAUAAACAACUCCUCGGCCCUGCUUCCCAACAUCACCCUGGGGUAUGAGCUGUACGACGUGUGCUCAGAAUCUGCCAAUGUGUAUGCCACCCUGAGGGUGCUUGCCCUGCAAGGGCCCCGCCACAUAGAGAUACAGAAAGACCUUCGCAACCACUCCUCCAAGGUGGUGGCCUUCAUCGGGCCUGACAACACUGACCACGCUGUCACUACCGCUGCCUUGCUGGGUCCUUUCCUGAUGCCCCUGGUCAGCUAUGAGGCAAGCAGCGUGGUACUCAGUGCCAAGCGCAAGUUCCCGUCUUUCCUUCGUACCGUCCCCAGUGACCGGCACCAGGUGGAGGUCAUGGUGCAGCUGCUGCAGAGUUUUGGGUGGGUGUGGAUCUCGCUCAUUGGCAGCUACGGUGAUUACGGGCAGCUGGGUGUGCAGGCGCUGGAGGAGCUGGCCGUGCCCCGGGGCAUCUGCGUCGCCUUCAAGGACAUCGUGCCUUUCUCUGCCCGGGUGGGUGACCCGAGGAUGCAGAGCAUGAUGCAGCAUCUGGCUCAGGCCAGGACCACCGUGGUUGUGGUCUUCUCUAACCGGCACCUGGCUAGAGUGUUCUUCAGGUCCGUGGUGCUGGCCAACCUGACUGGCAAAGUGUGGGUCGCCUCAGAAGACUGGGCCAUCUCCACGUACAUCACCAGCGUGACUGGGAUCCAAGGCAUUGGGACGGUGCUCGGUGUGGCCGUCCAGCAGAGACAAGUCCCUGGGCUGAAGGAGUUUGAGGAGUCUUAUGUCAGGGCUGUAACAGCUGCUCCCAGCGCUUGCCCGGAGGGGUCCUGGUGCAGCACUAACCAGCUGUGCCGGGAGUGCCACACGUUCACGACUCGUAACAUGCCCACGCUUGGAGCCUUCUCCAUGAGUGCCGCCUACAGAGUGUAUGAGGCUGUGUACGCUGUGGCCCACGGCCUCCACCAGCUCCUGGGAUGUACUUCUGAGAUCUGUUCCAGAGGCCCAGUCUACCCCUGGCAGCUUCUUCAGCAGAUCUACAAGGUGAAUUUUCUUCUACAUGAGAAUACUGUGGCAUUUGAUGACAACGGGGACACUCUAGGUUACUACGACAUCAUCGCCUGGGACUGGAAUGGACCUGAAUGGACCUUUGAGAUCAUUGGCUCUGCCUCACUGUCUCCAGUUCAUCUGGACAUAAAUAAGACAAAAAUCCAGUGGCACGGGAAGAACAAUCAGGUGCCUGUGUCAGUGUGUACCACGGACUGUCUGGCAGGGCACCACAGGGUGGUUGUGGGUUCCCACCACUGCUGCUUUGAGUGUGUGCCCUGCGAAGCUGGGACCUUUCUCAACAUGAGUGGUUUAUUGGGAAGCCGCUCUCAGUUCGCUGGCCACAAGGACUGAGAUCAGGGAAGUUGUCAUGGGAAGGGAGAGAGAAGUGAGAGAGGAAGAGAGAAACAGCCCGCAGGGACAGGGAGAGAGCAGAGGAAGGAGAGAGGCAAGGCAACUCUUACAAAAGCAAACUCUUUGCUGGAGCUGGCUUACAGUUUCAGAGGUCCAGUCCGUCAUGGCAGGGAGCAUGGCCGACUGCAGGCAGACUUGGUGCUGGAGAUGGAGCUGAGACGUCUUCAUCUUCUCUGAAGGCAGCCAGGAGGAGGGUCUCUCUUCUACACAUGUGCAUUAGGAGACCUCAAAGUCCACCUACACAGUGACACACUGGGCCUCCAACCGGGCCACACCUCCUAAUAGUGCCGCUUCCCAUGGGCCAAGCCUGUUCCAACUACCAGCUGGGUACAGAUUGGAGGACACUUGCCACUGGGCUGAAUUCUGAUAACCAUCGGGAAGCCUCAGACCUUGGUGUGUUCUCUGUCAGAGCACUGGUUCCACACCCACCAGCUCCCAACCUCUUUAUUCAAACACACACUUGACUCCUUGGCCAUGCUGUUUAUAUGAAGUCCUUUCCCUGUGCCAAGGAGUCAAGUACUUGAAUGGUUUGAAUUAAACACAUGUACUAGCAUA